GUCCGCUGCUGCGUGUCGCUGCUGCUGGAGAGUAGUCAGAGUGAGAGAGCGAGAGACCAAAGUGUCACCCACCCCGCUGCGCUGCGCUGCCUUGUUGCGUGUGUGUGUGUGCGUCGCAUUUGUCGUCGUCGCUGUCGUCGUUUCGGUCGUUUUUUUUCUGCUUUCUGCCGCCUCGCAGCCUCGUCUCGGCCUGCACGACAAUCAGUGUCACCCACGACACCCGAAAGAGUGGAUCUUUGCUCACUGUUUGUGCUGUGCUGUGUGCUGCUUGUAUUGCUGUCACCUACACACUGUUACCGUUUCUGCCUCUCGUUUUCGUUUCGUGUGCGUGCGCGUGUGUGCAUGAGACUUCUUGUUGCCGUCGCCGUUUGCCCUCCUCAUUCACCAAAAAUAAAAUAGUGCUUGACGACAAAACUUUUUUAAUCAAAAUUCUACAACAAAACGCAAUAAAAACCACAAAAACUCAUGGAAAAUAUACGCUAUUUUCCAACAAAAUAUUUUUUUUAAAUACGAUAAAACUGUGGACCCGAACAAAAAAAAAUAUAAGGAAAGAUCGCGGGAGAAACCGUUUAAAUAAUACAAAAAAUUAAACACAAGUGCUGAACAAAAUAGUGGAAAAACUGAAGAGUUAUAUAACAGGAACCUGCCUGAAAACCCAGGAAAAAAAAUACAAAAACAAAAAACAACAAGGAAAAAUCCCAACCGAACGAACGUCCCGGCAAUCCAUUCAUCCGGACAAGACACCAUGGAGCACAUUAUGAAUCCGUUCAUGUCGCCCGCUUAUCUGCUCGGCCAUGGCCCACAUUCACAUUCACAUGCCCAUGCCCACGCCCAUGGCCAUGCCCACGCCCAUCCGGGUAUGGCCAGCGGCACAAAUUCGCCGGCCAGCUCUCCAGGUGGAUCCUCGGGCUCCGGUGCCGGACAAAGCAGCAGCAGCUCCUCAAAGCCCAAGCGCUGGGGCUCGCCGCCCAUCAACCUCGCCGGACAGUUCAUCAAUCCGGCCACCGGCAAGAAGCGCGUCCAAUGCUCCAUCUGCUUCAAGACCUUCUGCGACAAGGGCGCCCUCAAGAUCCACUUUUCGGCGGUGCAUCUGCGGGAGAUGCACAAGUGCACCGUCGAGGGCUGCAACAUGGUAUUCAGCUCGCGCCGGUCCCGGAAUCGGCACAGCGCCAACCCCAAUCCGAAGCUCCAUUCGCCCCACAUCCGCCGCAAGAUCUCGCCCCACGACGGACGUACAGCGCAGCAGUUCCCCGUUUUUCCCGGAGCAGCUGCCGUGGCUGUGGCCGCCGCCGGCCGCUUGCCGGCUGCCUUUCCAGGACUCCUGCCACCACCGCCGCCGCACCACCAUCCGUCGCAUCAUCAUCCUUCCGGGGUGGGCUACGGACCUGCCAUGAUGUAUGGCUCCGGACUGCACAGCCUCGGACUGCUGUCCGCUGGACAGGAGCGAGAGCGCCUCUACGAAGAAGAUGUGGAUGCGGAUGGGGAUGGGGAUGGAGAGGGAGACGCUGAUGCUGAUGUCGAUGCAGAGGGAGAUGGCGAUGAUGAUGGUGUCUUUGUGUACGUGGACAUGCAUGCCAAUAGCUCCAGCCCGGCUGCCUCCAGCCAGGAGUGCCCCAGCGAGACAGAUGCGGACGAGGAGAUGCACUGCAGCCUGAGCCUCACCAGCAGCAGCAGCAGCAGUGGCGCCUGUGCCGAAGAGCAGCGCUCAGCCGAUCAGCCGCUGGACUUUAGCCUCCACAAGCGACGCGAAACAGAGCCAGAGCCAGAGCAGGAGCAGGAACCAGAGCGGGAACGGGAACGGGAGCAGAUCAAGCGCUCGUCCAGCCCCUGUGGGGGAGCCUUCUCCAUGGAGCGCCUGCUGAGCAAGCGCAAGCGGAGCGACAGCAGUGCCUCUGCCGCCGUCUCCACGGGCCUCCCAGAGACGAGCAUCAAGAUGGAAAUGGAGCUGGAGAUGGACGGCGACAGCUCUGAGGCCCUGGCGGCGGCAUCCGCCUGCAUUGACCUAUCGGCGCCACCGACCAGGAAGCACUCGCCCGUUCCACUGUCCCUGUCGCUGCCACUGAGUCUGCCCCUGCCGCUGGCCAUGGAUCUGGAGGAGCAGCAUCACUUCCGACUGCUGCAGACGCAGAUGUUUGCGGCCGCUGCGGCCGCCGCUGCAACCGCCUCCAGCCAGCAACCGCCCAACGCCUUCCUGCCGCAGGGUGGCGUCGAGCCGCCGUCCCACACCUCGCCCAAUGCCCCGCCCAUGUGGAGCCUGCUCUCCGAGGUAUACCGCUCGAUGCUGCUCAAGACGCAGCAGCAGCAGCAGCAGCAGAGCCACCAUCACCACCAAAGCGGAAGCCACCAUCACCACCACCACCACAGUGGACACCACCAGCAGCAGCCGCCGCAGCAGUCGCCGGCGCCGUACGGCGACCUGCCCCCGACGAAUGCCGCCAUCUCCGUCUAAGCUUUGGGAGCCGCCAAGGACGAAGGAUCCUUAGUCAAAUGUUUAUUAUUAUUUUAUUAUGAAUGUUUUAUAUUUUGUGUUUUUUUUUUUAAUUUUUAUUGUGGGCCUCGCGGUGCUGCCGAAAGCAGGGCGUUGGAGGGCCUGCGGACAGAGUCCCCACCUCCCCCCACUACCCUGCCGACGGCGGCAUGGCAGCAGUCCCCGAAUCUGCCUCGAUGGGUAUUACAAACUGGAAUUGCUCCAAAACUUAGCUUUUUUUCUGCUCGUACUUGUGUUAUAUUGUCCCCUAAAUGUAUCUUUUUUUUUCGUGUAGAUAUAAUGGUAGAUCUAGGUGUACUAUAUAGUAUUCAAUCCGUUCCUCAGUGCAGCAGCAGCACGAAGCUAGAGCGAGUGCGAGUGUGAAUGCGAGUGUGAAUGCGUGUGUGAAUGAAUAAAUCGUUAUCUGAAUCGAAGGGAAAUUCGCGAUUUCCCACCCCCUCCUCUCUCAACCACAUCUCGAGCGGUGUGUGUACAACGAAGUAUUGAUAUUUAUAAACGAAAAUACUAGGUAUAUCCAUAAAACACAUAUAUUAAAUAGUUCUAAGACAAAAACAAUUUUUUUCAUAGUCAAUAAAUAUUGUAUUUUAUAAACUGAAUGUACUACUAAAAAGCAAGCUCUAUGGAAACAUAUCCUAUUGUGUUAAAACCCCCCUAAACUAUACAUAUAGUACAUACAUGUGUACCCAUUCAGAUAGAUAUGUACAAUAGAUCGUAAGCGAAAAGUGAAAUGUUAUUGCUCUUUCUCUCUCUCUCGUAAAGGAAUAUUGCUCCAUGCCGCAUCCUGCAAAAGGAUUGAUUGUGUAUUGUGUAUUACAACAUGAUUUUAAGUUUUCAUUAACAAUAAACAGCAAACAAAAUUGGAAAAAUUUUAAA